AUGAGCCCAAUAAACAGCCUUUGGUUCAAGUGGAAAAGUCUGAAACUUCCCUGGCGCAAAACCUUUCUCGCAGGAAAGGACUUAGCUGGAAACACUUUCUGGGAAUUUAAGGACACUCUCAAUUCCAGGCGGCUCCGGCGCAUUGUCAAAUACAACCCCAAGACACACCUUGCCGACGUACAGGUUUCUCCGCAAUGGCACCAGUGGCUUCGAUACGCUCGCCAGGAUGCCCCAACCAUACAGGAACAACAAAACGAACUUCUCCGGCAGGAGCGCAUUAAACAUCUUGCCAAACUUGCAGAUGAGCGAUGGGCUAGCAAGCCAUCAUUUCUCGACAGGCCACAGGGGCAGCACCCGGAUCCAGCAAUACAAUCCUCUCAUGAGCUACAUCCUCCACCCGCCGCACAGCCUGACAAAUCGUUAGGUGAUGAAGAGCCGGAGCUCAAAGUCCAAGGCAAAAAGACUAAAUCUCCCUGGGUCCGAAACACUGGCGGGCCAAGCGAGGGAUGGCAACCUGAAUCGUGGAAACCAGCUCCGAAGGGCAGAUAA